GAAAAUAUUAUCAUGGAGGAGUGUCCAUCCAAAGGGGAAGAUCGGAGCCAGGGAGGAGAAGGCGAUAAUAAUGAGGAUCGGAGGGAGCGAAGAAGGGACUCUAAACAACUGGCCAAGUCGGUUGAUGAAAAAAAGAAGAAAAGAAAGCGAAAGCGAUCGAGAAGCUCAUCUAGCUCAUCCAGUUCGUCGAGCGCUUCAACUUCGUCGAAUACUUCCAGUUAUUCGUCAGACUAUAAAUGCAAACCUAAAAGGAAGAGCAAGAAAAAACGGAGGAAGUCAGGAUCAAAGCAAGACCGUAAGUUAAUUAUGGAUUUAAUUAAAACUGUCACUUCUCUCCAAAAGCAAAUUAUUCCGAAAGAAACUUCCGUAUCCGGAAAUGAUGUUGCUACAAGGCCACGAUCACAAUCAAUAUGUGAUUGUGACGAUCAAAUUGAUCUGGAUGCAAGUGGCGAGCUUUUCGAAGAUGUUUCCGGUGGCAAUGAAGCGAAUACGCAUGAGUCUAAUCAAGAUAUUCCCGUCAUGGAACCGGAAUUAAAUUUAACUGUAGGAACUAAAAUUAAGGAACCCGCUAUUCCUCAUACACCAAAUGAAAUGCUUAAGCAGCUGUUCGAGUUACAACUUUUUGAUCAGGAGGACUGGAAUAAUGUUCGUUAUGCGGACGUUCAAAAAUCAUGUUUACAUAAUCCUGGUUUUACUUCUCUGGAGCCCAAUGAGGAGGUAAAGCGUUACGAUAAUUCAAAAUUUUCUGCCAAUAUGGAAAAAGCUUUUGCCGAAAAAGCUGGUGGAGUGAACAAAGCUUUUUGGCCAAAAAUCAAGGAUCGCAAACCUGCCCUGCAGAACGAUCCGCAUUCUUCGCGGGGCCCACAAAAACCAUCAACAUCUAAAGGGUAUCCGAAGAAUAAUUUUCCUGCACCACAAAAGAAACCUGGUACUUUCAACAACUCUUCAAGGGGACGAAAUGGGCAGCUUCAUGUUUACGUCGAUCAAUGGGAGUAUCUUGGGGCGCCGCCUCAUAUACUCAAAAUGGUUACGGGGUACCGCAUCCCAUUCAAACAGAAGCCUCCUUUGCACACUCCCAAUUUUCAACACCAAACAAACGUGUCCCCGGAAAUGUCAAAAAUUAUAAAGAAGCUGGUUCUAGAAGGUGUGCUAGAAGAAGCACGGGUAACACCCAGCUUCAUAUCCACAAUUUUCUUACGUCCAAAAAGCGACGGCACCUCAAGGCCAAUCUUCAAUCUGAAAAGGUUAAACAACUUUGUUCACGCCGGCAAGUUUCGGCUUGUAAAUGUCCAGCGCGUGCCAGAUUUUAUACAAGAAAACGACUGGAUGGCCAAAAUAGACUUGCGCCAGGCUUAUUUUCACCUACCGGUGGCACAAGCCCACAGACGUUUCCUUCGGCUGAUUUAUGCCAACAAAUUAUGGCAAAUAACCUGCCUGCCAUUCGGCCUGAGUUCCGCGCCGAAGGCGUUUGCGUGCCUGACCAACUGGAUAGCUCAGUGCCUACGAAAUCGCGGUGUGCGCAUUCUUGUAUAUCUCGACGACUUCUUCUUGGUAAAUCAGGACGCAGCCACUCUGCAGAAACAUAUUGUCGUCACUAUAAGUCUGCUGCGGUCCCUAGGUUGGGAAAUAAACACAGAGAAGUCGGUGCUCACACCGCGGAAGGCUCUGGAGUUUCUAGGUUUGAUUUGGGACCCUUGGCAGAACUUGAAAUAUCUUCCAGACAGAUUAACGACAAAAAUAGAGAGUCUCUCUGCAAAUUUACUAGCCAAGAAAAAGACAACUUUGUUAGAUUUACAAAAGAUUAUUGGAAUGAUGAAUUUCGCAUGUUUCGUUGUCAAGAGGGGACGUCUCCAUUAUCGCGCGCUGCAAGCGCUGUCCAACAAAAUGUUAGCUUGUCCCCGUAUAAAAACUCUACCCUUACCAGCUCAAGUCAUAUUAGAGCUAAUAUGGUGGCAGCGCAAUUGUCGAACUCACUCGCAAUUACAUAUUCCCGCUCCCCGUCAUUACCUUACUACAGACGCGAGCGAUCUGGGUUGGGGAGCCAUAUUGGACAACCAAAAGCUGCAGGGAUGUUGGACUCAUUCUCAACAACGGUUGCACUGCAACCAGAAGGAAAUGUUAGCGAUCCUGAACGUUCUCAAUCUUCGUGGAAAGUCCCUAGCUUCCAAGGGUCUUUUAAUACAGUCCGACAACAGUUCAGUAAUAGCUUAUCUUCGCAACGAAGGCGGGACGAAAUCUGUAGCUUUGACAAAACUCACCAAAAAGGUGUAUCAAAUUUUGGACCUUUACAACAUUCGAAUAUCCGUGUAUCAUAUCCCGGGGAGCUACAACUGUUAUGCGGAUCGGCUGUCCCGUCGGCAGAUAACACCAGAGUGGCACUUACUACCACCUUUAACUCAGAUCGUGUUCAAAAAAUGGGGCACGCCAACAGUGGACCUCUUCGCGUCACGAGACGCACACGUAGUGCAGACAUACUGCACACUAGACAGGACCGACAAACAAGCGACCUAUUACGAUGCUCUGGGUAUGGAAUGGAAUUUUCACCUGGCAUGGCUGUUUCCACCCCCGCAUCUCAUUCCCAGAGUCCUAGCUCAUCUGAACAAAGCAAUAGGGUCCUAUUUGAUAAUUGUGCCUCGCUGGGAGGGCGCUUAUUGGAGGCCAGACUUGAAAAGUCGUGCUCAGGACGCUCCGUUCACGAUCAAGAAUCUGUCACAAGUCCUGAUAGAUACAACAACGGGGCUCCCUCCACCGAAAGUGUCGGAGAUGAACCUCGAGAUAUGGAAAUGUGGGGGUGGAGCAAACAGUUGA